CGGAGGAGCGGCCCAUGUCCGGCGCGGGCGAAGCCCUCGCUCCCGGGCCCCAGCGCGGGGCCGAGGCGGGCGGCGGCGGGCUGGGCGCCCCAGCCCAGGAAAAAUGUGAUAAAGAAAAUACUGAGCGAGAGAUAUCUCAAGCUACCAAUAGCUGCUUCACUCAUGGAGAGAUCCAAGACCAGUCCAUUUGGGGAAACUGUUCGGAUGACGAACUCAUCAGAACAUGGGGCUCCGUGCUCUUGCAGCAGUCACAUGCCCAAGAAACUGCGCCUGGCUGGAGCAUUGAGGGAACAGGAUUCACACAACCUCGGCGCUUGCCUCAGCUUCAAACCACAGCACAGGAAAGUGAGGAGGAAACAGGCAAGAUAAAGAACGGCCACCCGAGUCUGAGCAAUGGAAAUGGAAUCCACCACGGGGCCAAACUGGUAUCUGCAGAGAACCGAAGACUUUCAGCGCCUGUGUCCCAAAAAAUGCAUAGAAAAAUCCAGUCCAGCUUGUCUGUAAACAGUGACGUCAGUAAGAAGACUAAAGUAAAUGCUGUCUUCUCCCAAAAGACAGGCUCUUCACCUGAAGACUGCUGUGUCCACUGUAUCCUGGCCUGCUUGUUCUGUGAAUUCCUGACCCUCUGCAAUAUUGUCCUGGGACAAGCUUCGUGUGGCAUCUGCACCUCCGAGGCCUGCUGCUGCUGCUGCGGAGAUGAAAUGGGAGACGACUGUAACUGCCCCUGUGACAUGGACUGCGGCAUCAUGGAUGCCUGCUGCGAAUCGUCGGACUGUUUGGAAAUCUGUAUGGAAUGCUGUGGAAUUUGUUUUCCUUCAUAAAUAUUUAUCUUCCAUUUGUGUUAAAACUGGAGAGUGUUUUAAAACUUUUCUUUUAAGGGGGAAGAAAAGCACAUGGUAAGUCUCAUCUAACAACCCAGGAUUUGCACUGUUAACUCAUUAUUUUUAGUAAUCUCUGAAUGCCUUUUUUUUCUUCUAACCAAAUCUGCAUGGUUUAAUAUGUGAAAUUUUAACUACUUUUAAACUUAAUAAAUUACGAUUAAUGACUGAGGGACAUUUUCACUAAAAAAAAGGGGGAGAAGAAAAAGAAAACAAAGAAAAAACUGGUUCUUUCCUUUUAUACUUAUUUCUAUUUCUUUUAACCAUGCUUAGGAGCCUCUUGCUCCAAAUAUCUUACAUCUCAGUGGGUAUUUAACUCAAUUUUCGUUUGAUGAUUAAUAAUGGUUAAAAGUAAGCAUUCUUGAAAGUAAACUUUGGGAAACAUGCCCACACGGUCGUUGGGACCCAGUGUUGACCUCCCUGUCCUCCCCCGGUCAUCAGACACUGAGCGCCUACUGUCUGUCAUCUCCUGCUGCACCGCAGAGAGGCCUGUCAUCCAGCUCCCAUCCAGAGGAGCAUGCACAGGUUAGCAGACGAGAGGCCUGUAAAGAGUGAGCCAGUCCACAAGGCAUACUGAAGUGAGGCUGAUGAGACAGAGGACCUCAAAAGGCUGCAGGAAUACACCGAAAAGAACAGCUCCUGUCUACUGGAAUAUUCAGAAAGCUUCAAGGAGAAUGUGGCAUUUGAGGCGGCCUCUGAGGAGGAGUGAUUCAUCUGCUGCUGGGAUGAAUUAGCUUUAGGACCAGGUUUUAGGUGGCCAGUCUGAGCUGCGUGUGCCCUUAAGCAGUUACAAGAAAAAUGCCUUCCAUAUGUAGUUUCUUUAGUUGAAGCUGUACACCAUUUUUGAAACUAUAAAAUUUAAAUUAACUAAAAAUACGCAUUUUUCACAUAUAAUUUAGAUGUUAUGCUGAAGUUUUGAUAAAAAUAGAAUGCUAUAUUAAAAUAGCUAUAUUUUAUAAAGAAUGUGGAAUACUUUUCAUAAACUGCAUUUAAAUUCGGAGAUGUUUUUAUAUUAAAAUCCCAGCAUUGAUUUUGAUUUGUUCAAAAGCUUUCCUUUUUUUUUCUUUAUGGAGAGCUUUAAGUCUUUUUUCAUGGGUUGUUUGGUUAAGAAACAAAUCAGAAAGAAAACAAACAUUCUAUUUUAUAAACACAGUCUUCAAUGGAAACCACUCCUUCCAAUGCAGUGAGAGUGAGAAUCUUCACAUCCACGACUAUGACCAAGUUUCAGUAUUGUAGUUUUAUAUUAAAUUAAACCAAUAUGGCAGGUCAUAAAGAUUCUUAAGUGUAAAGAAAUAAAUCAGUUGCAAGACUUACUAGAGUUACUAAGACACAGAGACAUUGUGUGGUGCCGAGGAGAGUAGAUUUUCAUACUCCAUGCUCUCCUACUAAGUUUGAGCUCCCCAGAUUGUAGUUUGGCCUGAUUUAAUGUAAUUUCUUCCAGAAAUUUUGAGAGUAUACUUCUGGAUUAAUAGUAAUUUUCAGUUCUUCCAGAGCACCAAGUUGAUAGUAAAAACAAAUGCAUGUUUUUAGGAAGCCUUUCAACAAACAAACAAAGGCUUUUAAGAACGAUUUUAAACCUCAAGCAUGGGUAUGUCACUGAUCAUUUCUCCUUUGAGAUGAAACCUAGUUUCUGCUUAUAUCAUUACUUAAAGGGCUUAAAAAAGAAAAAAGCUAGCAGACUCUUGAAUCCCCUUUUCAGUACUCUACAUACACAUACACACACACACACACAGUUAAAUUGUUGGGUUUAAAUAGAAUUCUAGUAAACAGCUGUCUUUCUCUUCCUUGUCUAAAGAGUGUCUUUGAUGUAACAAAUGAAACAGAAGAACACCUUUCUACUAUUUCAGAGUAGGCAGAAUCUGAAUAUUUACAUAUACCUAAAGUUAACUUACGCAUAUAUGUUAGGAUGUAAGAGUAUUAACUUUGUAUUGACAUAUAAAGCCUUCUAAUGACCUGAAAUCAUUAAAACAUCCUUUUUGUCCUGCCAACGUAUUCAGCCAAAUGGUUUCUCUAAUAUUUAAGUGUAUUCUGCUACUAGUUGCAGUGAAGGUAUUAGUACUUUUAAAAUAAUGUUUCUCUGUAACAGAGAGCAUUCACUGAUAGCAGAAUUUUAUUUUCGUAUUUAUAUUCAGUGUACUUUCCCACUAUUGUCUACUCUGCAGUCAUUCCAUAAAGCACCUUGUAUGAUUUUUAAAAAAUAAAUGAAGAAAACAAAAGUAGGCAAAUGUGAAAGUAGUUUCAAUAUAUAUUUUAGAAUUUCUGUGUGUAAAAUGUUUUGUUGACUCCUGGCUGUCAUGACUAAGUGCUGUAGUUUACAGUUAUAGAUUUGGUCUCCUUUUAAAUGUGGAAACUUAAUCUUAAAUAUUUUUAAACUGGACCUGUAUUAUCCUGAAUAUUAUUUUGAAAUAAAAAAUGACUUCUCUGUUGUCCUUUAGCAUA